UAUAUGAUAAUUCAAACUAAAAAAUUAGUAUAGUGUUUGUAUAAAUGCGUUUACAUCUCAACAAAUUUUAGGUGUAAAAAAAGAAAGAGAAAGAAAAAAAUAUAUAUGCCAAUUUUAGUUUUCUAUUUUUUUUCCUAGUUCAUUAAAAGUGUCUGUCAGAACUGAUCUUAACAUUCAGUUCAAAGACUACGAAAUAUUUCUGUGUCAUAAAAGUUCUUUUUGUCUAUCCUACGUUUUUCAACUUUGUAAAAUGUACCAACAGGUUGGUCAUGAAGACAGCAUAACAGGUAUUCAAUCUUUUUCAGAAAAUUUAUUUUCACGCAAGAAAUUACUAAGGGAAAUUCAAGAUUAUUUUUUACAAGAUGCAAACAACUCAUCUUUAGUAUUAUAUGGAAUGUCGGGCGUCGGAAAGACACAUAUUGCAAGAAAAUUUUGUGAACAAUCUAAUAACUUUUAUAAAAACAUUGUUUGGAUUGACGCAGCAUUUGGAAUGUUACAAACUUCAAUGAGAAACCAAUGUCAAAUAUUAGGAUUAGAGGUUCAUGAUUUGAAAGGAGAUUAUUUAAAUAUAAAAGUAAUUGUUGAAAAAGUUCACAACUAUUAUAAAAAUGAAAAGACUUUGUUUAUUUUUGACAAUGUCGAUGAUGAAAGUGUUAAAAAUUUUUCAAUUUACAUUUCAAGAAAAACGAAUUCAUUCACGUUGAUUACCUCCCAAUGGAAAACUUGGUCAAAUAAUGUAAAUAAAAUGUUAGUUGAUGUUUUUUCUUCUAAAGAAACUUACUUACUUAUGUAAAAAAUAAUAUUAAAGAAAACAGCGACGAAAAUAUAAGAAACUUAAUUAAAGAACUUGGUUAUCAUCCGUUUGCAAUUACUCAGGCAAUAAAAUAUAUAAAUAUACAUAAAGUUUCGAUAGAAAAAUACAUAGAUCAAUAUAGAUCAAAACCAUUAGAAAUAUUAGACAAUAAUAACUUUCACACCGAAGAAGAAUCAAAGUCUGCAAUAAAAGCAAUCAACUUAGUUUUAACAAAAUUAGAAAAAUCUAAACCUUUUCCAUUUAAAAUAUUAAACUGUUUAUCUCAUUGCGACGGUAAAAACAUCAAAAAACGUUUUAUAACAAAAAUCUCAAAUCAAAUGGAACUAAACGACGAAUCUUUAAUAGAUGAAGCUAUUGGAUUACUAAUGAGUUAUUCUUUACUAAACUGUUUUGAUGAUAAAAAAUAUACAAUACACGAACUGACACUGUUAACAUGUAAAUGUUUUCAAAAGAGAAAUUCAAGUACAAAAACAUAUCUUGAUUUAAUCGAAAAUUAUUUUAAAGUUGAAUUGAAUGAAGUAAAAGAUCACAUGGAUUACGGAAAUCAUUUUGUUUUUCAUUUUAUCUAUAUGUUUCGUACUAAUAAAAAAAAAUUUAUGGAAACCUUCCAUCAUAUGACAACUUCUAUUCAAAAGUUAUUAGAAUGUAAAGGUUUAUUUGAAGAAGCAAUCGAAAUACUAAAAGCUGUUCAAAAUUUUAAUACAGAAACUUAUGGUGAAAAUAACAUUACCACGCUUGAUACAAAACAUAAUAUCGCAAAGUGUUUGAACAAAAUGGGAAAAUAUAACGAAGCUUUAGAAAUUUAUUAUUCUGUUGAUAAAAUACAAACUGAAGUUUUAGGUAUCAACCAUCCGUCUACAAUGACAACAAAACAUAAUAUCGCAAACUGUUUGAGCAAUAUGGGAAAGUAUAACGAAGCUUUAGAAAUUUAUUAUUCUGUUGAUAAAAUACGAACUGAAAUUUUAGGUAUCAACCAUCCGUCUACAAUGGCAACAAAACAUAAUAUCGCAAUCUGUUUGAGCAAUAUGGGAAAGUAUAACGAAGCUUUAGAAAUUUAUUAUUCUGUUGAUAAAAUACGAACUGAAAUUUUAGGUAUCAACCAUCCGUCAACAAUGACAACAAAAAAUAAUAUCGCACUCUGUUUGAACAACAUGGGAAAAUAUAACGAAGCUUUAGAAAUUUAUUAUUCUGUUGAUAAAAUACAAACUGAAAUUUUAGGUAUCAACCAUCCGUCUACAAUGACAACAAAACAUAAUAUCGCAUUCUGUUUGGACAACAUGGGAAAAUAUAACGAAGCUUUAGAAAUUUAUUAUUCUGUUGAUAAAAUACAAACUGAAAUUUUAGGUAUCAACCAUCCGUCUACAAUGACAACAAAACAUAAUAUCGCAUUCUGUUUGGACAACAUGGGAAAGUAUAACGAAGCUUUAGAAAUUUAUUAUUCUGUUGAUAAAAUACAAACUGAAAUUUUAGGUAUCAACCAUCCGUCUACAAUGACAACAAAACAUAAUAUCGCACUCUGUUCCGAUGACGAUCUAUCAACAAAUACCGACAAUAGUGGUAAGUAA